GGAGAUGGGGACGUGGUCGCCGGCGGAGUUCGUGUGCCCGAUCUCGAUGACGCGCAUGCAGGACCCGGUGACGGCGCCCAGCGGCGUCACCUACGAGCGCGGCGCCAUCGAGCGCUGGCUCGCCGCCGGCCACACCACCUGCCCCGUCUCCGGCCACGGCCCGCUCUCCCUCGCCGACCUCGUCCCCAACCUCACCCUCCAACGCCUCAUCCUCUCCUGGAAGCCCAGCCAUGCCGCUCCGCCGCCUAAUCCGCUCGCCAAGCUCGUCCAGAAGGUCAUGGCCACCGAAGACGCUGACGUGCUACGGGAGGCGGCGGCCAUGGCGGCAGCGGAUGCCCGCGCGCGGCGACGCAUGCUCCAAUGCCAAGGCGUCUCGCUGCUCCCUCGCGUGCUCCGUCUGUUGGUGUCCGCCGGGGCCGGAAAUGUUAGCACAGGCUCUCCAACAGAGAAGAAGAACUUCUUCUUCUUCUCGGCGGCGUGCCUGGCUCUCGUGGACGCGCUGGGCGUGUCCGCGGACGAGAUCCGGCCGCUGCUCGAGGCCGAGCCCGACGUCCUCAGCGUCGGCCUCGUCGACGCGCUCACGGGCGUGCUGCUGGUCACGCUCGAAGAAGAAGAGAAGGUGACGUCAGCGAGGCAGCGAGCGGCGAGGCUGAUGGAGUCCGUGACGGCUGCGGCCACCCGUGCGCUCCUGGAACUCCUUCGUCUCCACCUCCGGCCAGAUCUCUUCCGCGCCCUCAAGACCGUGCUCCGUGACCGCGACCAAGGCACGACGCGAGCGGCGCUCCAGACGGUCCUCAACCUGCGCGCCGCGAGGUGCGACUUCCGCCUGGCCGCGGAAUCCGGCUUCGUCCACGAGCUCAUCGAGCUCAUCAAGAUCAAGCUCUCGGCCGGCAACAAUGGCGACGGCAUCGGCAGCGGCCAUGGCGACGCGACUAUGACGAGGGAUCUGGCGAUGGAGGUGCUGUCCAUGGUGUGCGGGAGGAGCGCGGAGGCGCGGGCGGCGGUGGCGGGGCACGCUGCGGGGAUCGCGGCGGUGGCGAGGCACGUCCGAGCCAGGGGGUGCUCCCCGGCGGCGGUGCGCGUGCUGGCGAGCGUGUGCGGGAGCGGGGCGGCGCCGGAGACGGUGCGGGAGAUGGCGCGCGUGGGGGCCGUGGGGAAGCUCUGCUGCGUGCUCCAGAGCCCCGAGUGCCACCCCUGGACCAAGGAGAUGGCCACGCGCGUGCUCAGGCUGCACGCCGAGGAAUGGGCCAGGUCGCCCUGCGUCCGCUCUGACAUGCUCUACAGGUGCCUCUAG